AUGACCUCCCACUUUGCGGACUUUGAGAACUUCAGCUUUGACCCCUCCCUCUUUCGCAACCCGCCUCCCCCUCUCCCCUCAUCGGCUGACCUGUUCUCUCCAAGUGAGACCUCUGACCUUUUCGGCUUUCUCGAUACGUUUGGAUGGGAGGACCAACCGCCCCAAUUUUCGUCUCCAAGGGCUCCAUACUCUAACCCGCAUCUCCAUACUGUUCCCGAGCCAUCGACGUCCACAAAACAACGAAGGGCGACAACAACGUCGACAUCACGGCCACGCUCUGUGUCCAGCCGCCCAGACUACAACGCUAUUCUCCGAGCAAACAGCCAGACGCCGAGCAACGCGUCAGAAUCGUCUACCAAUGGCACCCCUCCUCCCCAGCCACCACAACCACAAAUUCCGUCAGUCUCCCUGGCCCGGAGCAAUAGCACGGGCUCGAUCCCAGCCAAUAUCAGCGCCAACAAGCCCCUCCUCUCGACGCCCCAGAAGCGCCUGAACCACAUUAUGUCUGAACAAAAACGGCGCAAUGCAAUCCGCGACGGAUAUGCGCAGUUGAUAUCGAUUCUGGCCCCGGCAGGUGCUCAGGGCAUUGGCAUGCCGCAGCGCGGUCGUCCAAAGGGCAGCGGCAGUCGCGGGAAGGGCCAGAGCAAAGGCAAGAGCGGGGUCCUAUUCCGCGCCGUCGAGUACAUCAAGUGGCUAGAAGAAGGGAGUGAAGCCAUGCGAAUGGAAGUGACGCGCGUUGAAACAGCCGCUGGAAUCGUGACAAGAUAA